AUGCAACUCACUAUGAAAUAAAAGGGUUAUAUAACCCUCAUAGGUGGAUUCAUCUUAGAGUUAGUUACUGGAACUUCAUUCUUAUGGGGAUAGUUCAACGUUUAUAUUACUUCUUAUUUUAGGUAAAAAGAUGACUAAGAUUUACAUUUAAGUAUUGGAGGUGCUAUAUUCCCUCUUAUGAUGGGUACUUUUGCAGCAGGAAUCCCCAUAGGAAUCAAAUUUAUCAAAUUAUUUGGUUCUGCAAGAUUAUGCUGUGUUUUCUUUUCCUUCCUAGCAUCUGUAGCUGUUUUUAUUUCUAGCUACUCACAAAAGUUUUGGUAGUUUGUCUUUAUCUAUGGCGUUAUUCAUGGUUUCAUCUAAGGUAUUGUAUUCUUUAUUCCAGUCUAUAUGGGCUAUCUGUACUUCCCUACACAAAAAGGCAUGGUGUCUGGAGUAGUAACUUGUGGUUUCGGCCUUACUGCUUUUCUUUUUGGAUUAGUUUUUUUCAGUAUUGUUAAUCCUGAUGGACUUGUUCCUGUUUAAGAUGAUGAUGGUUAUUCAUAUUUCUAAGGACCUUCUAUUGAAGUUGCUUAAAAUGUACCUGAAUCUCUAAGGAAAUUGAGUUAUAUAUAUAUUUGCAUAUCAUUCUGCUCUUCUAUGCUCAUAAUGUAUCAUCCUAACUAAAUUGGAGAAGAAGAAAAGAGACUUAAACAAGAACUGAAGAAUAAAGAAGAAUAAAAGAAAAUAUUAUAAUAGAAUGUUAGUAGACUUUAAUAAAAGGACGAAUUAUCUACUCCUUUGGCUGAGCAAAUCCACACAGACAAAUUAGACAAUAAAGAUUUAGAAUAAUCAUCCAACAGUUUGAGAAAAAGCAUUCAAUUACUUCAUAAAACAAUAGGAAUUGUUGAAUUAGAAUAGAAAGUUAUUAAAAAAUAAAUCGAGCUAACCUAAAAUCAAGAAAAAUAAUAAAGCUAUCAAAUAAUAUUGCCUCAUCAAAAGAGUUACUAUGACAAUGAAUUUUAAAAGGACGAUUAAUUAUUUGAUAAUUAACUCUUCCCGAAUAAUAAUAACAACACAAAUAACCAUAACAACACUAAUAACAAUAACAACACUAAUAACAAUUAAAUAAAAUCAUACAAUAAAAAUGAAUAAACUGACUCACUGUUGAACUUUGUUUAGAAGGAUAUUAAAGUUAUGGAUCUAAACAAAAGAAUUAUUUCAGUUAUUAAUAAUGAUGUUGUAGAAGAUAAACCUUAGCAUACAAAUCAAUUGAUUUUAUAAGAUGAGUCAGUAGACUAGCUCUCAAAGAUUAAAGAGGACAUUAACUAGAAAGAAAAUUAAGUGAAAGACGAACUUUAAUCUUUUGUUUCUUUAGAAAUGGAAAUUGAAAGAUUGAAUAAGCUAGGAGCUCCUUCUGUACUAGCAGCCUUUAAAUAACCAUAGUUAUAUGUUUCUUUCCUAUUGGGUAUUUUAGCUAUAGGAUUUGGCCUGCUUAUCAAUGGAAAUUUCAAAUCAAUAGCUAAAGAUUAUGGAUUUGUUAAUGAUAGCUUUUAGACAUGGGUAGGAUCAAUAGGAAGUGCUGCUAAUGGACUUUCAAGACCACUUUGGGCAGGUUUACUAGACAAAUACUCAUUUAAGCGUGUACUGAAUGUGAUAUUAGGUAUUGAAAUAGUUUGUAUUUUCACGAUGCGUUUCACAGAAACCAAUUAAAUAUUCUUUUUAAUUUGGGUUGCUUUCACUUAAAUGACUAUGGGUUCUGUUUUAAGUAUGUGGCCUGUUCUUUCUGCCUAGUUAAAUGGUGUCAAAAUAGGUUCUUAACUUUUCGGGUUAUACUGUUUUGGUUUUAGUGUCUCCUCUAUGAUUUAAUUCCUGAUUGUUUUAGGUCUCAAAACUUCCAUUGGAUUUAACAACAUUUAUUACAUUUACGCAGGCUGGGCUAUAUUAUCAGUCCUCAUAGUCACUUUCUAUCCUUUUAAAGUCAAUUGGUCUAAAUAUUAUAUGAUCAAGUAAAAAAAAAUUGAAUUAACUAAUUAAAAUAAUUAAUAAUAAAAGUGA